AUGGACUACCCUCGGCAGUAUGAAGCUUGUCCAUUGCUCCCAAUGGAGGAGAUCCACCAUUUUCUUAAAUCAUGCGAUAGCUGGUUCUCUCUUGGACAACAUAACAUUGUGCUAAUGCACUGUGAGGCACCACCUGAUGUGUCGUCACAGCUGAUGUCACCAUUCAAUUCGUUAGCUUCUCAGUUGAGGUACUUACAGUAUGUGUUAAAGAGGAUUGAUGAUGAACAAUGGCCUCCAUCAGACAAACCACUCACAUUAGUUUGUGUGAUGAUGAGAAUGAUUCCUGAUUUUGAUGGAAAAGGGGGAGGAGGAAGAACGUCCGCUCUUAUAAUUAAUCAGGCAGAAAGUGAUGUGGUCAAAAUAGAUAUUAAUUGCCAUAUUCAAGGUGACAUUGUGCUGGAGUGUCUUAACUUGCAUGAUGAUGACAUGGCAAAGGAUGAUAUGAUGUAUAAGGCCAUGUUCAACACAGCGUUCAUCAAGUCAAAUACUUUAGUGCUUAAUUGUGAUGAAAUCGACGUAUUAUGGGACAUUAAGGAUCAAUUUUCUAAAGACUUUAAAGCUGAGCAUUUGGUAAAGUUCAAGAAAUGUUUAGCGGUGUGGAGUGGCUUGUACCUCCACCACCGACAUCACCAGCGCCGCCGCCGCCGCCACAUAUUUCAGUUCCACCAUCACCACCAGUGUCCACCACCACCACCACCAUUUCCACCACCUCCUAUAAAUAAACCGCGUGUUUUAUCAAGGACAACUGCUGUGAAAAGUCAACCGGCUAAAAAACUGAAGACUUUGCAUUGGGUACCGGAGAUUGAUAUGUCGGAACUUGAAACACUCUUUUCUGCCUCAAAAGCAAAAUCUGAAGCAACUAAUAAACCGGAAAAAGUACAACUGAUUGAUCAUAAUCGGGCAUAUAACUGUGAAAUCUUGCUUUCAAAGGUGAAGACACCAUUGCCUGAAUUGAUGGAAUAUGUCCUUAAUUUGGAUGAUUCAGCAAUGGAUGUUGAUCAGGUGGAUAACCUUAUAAAGUGCUGCCCUACAAGGGAGGAGAUGGAAAUAAUUAAGGGCUAUGAAGGAGAACCGAAAAAUUUGGGCAAAUGUGAACAGAUCUUCUUAGAGCUAAUGAAAGUUCCACGUUCGGAAGCUAAACUCAUAGUUUACUCUUAUAAGUUACAGUUUAGUACACAGGUUUCAGAUCUUGCGAAUAGCCAAAACGAUGUAUAUUUAUCAAUAGAACAUAUUAGGAGUUCUGUAAAGUUGAGGAGAGUGAUGCUGACAAUUCUUUCUAUUGGAAAUGCUUUCAACCAGGGAACUGGAGCAGGUGCUGCUGUUGGGUUCAGAUUGGAUAGCCUCUUAAGACUUAACAAAACGCGUGACAGGAGCAAUAAAACGAAUCUCAUUUGUAAGACAAACUGCCUGAACUUCUGGAUUUUUCAUUUUUCCAAGGAACUUGGCAGCUUGGAACCUGCAUCAAAGAUACGGCUAAAAAUCUUGGCAGAAGAAAUGUGUAUGAUUACAAAGGGACUAGAGAAAGUAGUCAUAGAAACGAAAUUGUGUAAAACAGAUGGAAACGUGUCUAAAUGUUUUCGGAAGUGUCUGAGAAAGUUUCUUGCUUCUGCUGAACCUGACGUGAAGUCCCUGGCUGCACUUUACUCUGUGCUGGGUAAAAGAGUGGAUGCUUUAAUUAUUUACUUUGGAGAAGACCCUACCAAAUGCCCAUAUGAAAAAGUUGUUGAAACUCUGCGUUCAUUUGUGAGAAUGUUUAAUCAAUCCCAUGAUGAAAACUGCAAGCAGAUAGAUGCAGAGAAAGAGACGGCACAGAAAGCAGCCGAACAAGAAAGAUUAAAGGCAGGUGAACCGGAUAAGUUGGAAGCAGAUGAAUAA